UCGGUUGCCGGACACGGAGGCACCAUCACGCAAGUUAUUCGGUUUUAAUUACCACACUUUAUUGGAUUAAAAGCCUGUACAACUCGAUCGAACAGGACACCGAUAUCAAGGACAUUAAAUUUUAAGUGUAUUGUGUAAAGAAGUCAAGUUUAAGAAGAGCAAGCGAAAUGUUUCGAUUGCAAAGAACCACUACUUUACAGCUCAGGAAGUAUAAAUUGAAUCCAGAGCGGUUCUUGACACCACGAGUGACAACGAACUCGGUUCAGCAAUAUUCAACGGAAAAUGCACUUCCGGAAAGUGCCGAUGUGGUUAUCAUUGGAGGUGGAUCGGCUGGAUGUAACACGCUGUACCAACUGGCGAAACGUGGAGUACGGGCUGUGCUGCUGGAAAAAUCUCAGCUAACGGCCGGAACUACCUGGCAUACGGCCGGUCUGGUGUGGCGCUUGCGGCCAAACGAUGUCGAAAUCCGGUUGCUGGCAUCCACAAGGAAUCUACUGAUGCGCCUGGAAGAGGAAACGGGCCACAAUUCGGGCUGGAUCAACAAUGGUGGACUGUUUAUCUCGCACUCACCCGAACGAUUGGAUGAGUAUCGCCGAUUGGCAACGCUUGGCAAGUGCUUCGGUAUCGAUUCCCACAUCCUUACACCGGACGAAGCACAGAAAGUGUUCCCACCGCUCGAUCCAUCCGCCUUUACCGGUGCUCUCUACUCCCCGGGCGAUGGCGUGGUCGAUCCGGCCAUGAUGUGCAAUUCGCUGACCAAAGGUGCGAUCGCCAAUGGUGGUUUGGUGGUGGAAAAUUGUGCCGUCUCGCAGAUCGUAACGGGAGAGAAUCUGCUCGGGAUGAAGGAUGUGCGCGGUGUGGUCACCGAUAAGGGUAUGAUCCGGACGAACACGGUCGUAAAUGCGACCGGUGUGUGGGGUCGGGAUCUGAUCGAACCACUCGGCGUCUAUCUACCGCUCAUACCGAUGCGCCAUGCGUACGUCGUGUCGGAAACGAUGGAUAGCGUGCACCAGAUGCUACCGAACGUACGGGAUCACGACUUUUCGCUGUACUUCCGCAUCCAGGGCAAGUCGAUCUGCAUGGGCGGAUACGAGAACAAUCCGAUCCUGUUGAACCGAGUACCGGGAGACUUUCACUUUGGGCUGUACGAUCUCGAUUACUCGGUGUUUGAUACGCACAUUGAGGGGGCGGUGAAGUUGUGCCCAGCGUUUGGCCAGGCUGGCAUUAAGAGUACUAUCUGUGGACCGGAAUCGUUUACACCGGAUCAUAAGCCCCUGAUGGGACCGGAUCCGACGGUGAGUGGACUGUUUCACAGUGUUGGGUACAAUUCGGCCGGUAUGAUGCUUGGUGCGGGCUGUGCCGAGCAGCUGGCCAACUGGAUCAUCCAUGAACGGCCCGAGCAGCACAUGUUCGCGUACGACGUGCGGCGGUUCUCGCCGAAGCAAAAGAAAGCCCACAACUGGGCGACCGAACGAAGCCACGAGGCGUACGCCAAGAACUAUAGUAUUGUUUUUCCCCACGAUGAAGCACUGGCCGGACGGAAUUUUACCGUCGAUCCGUUCCACAAGCAAAUGAUCCAGUAUGGUGCAGUGAUGGAGGAACGUCAUGGCUGGGAACGGCCAGGGUACUUCCUGCUCGAUGAAACGGUCGUGGUGCAACCGUACGAUUGGUAUGGCUACUACGAUCACCCCAAGAACUCCAACACACACUACGAGGAAGCACUGAAGGGUGAUUACAAGUUUGGCUUCUCCGAUCAUCACGAUCUGAUCGGGGAGGAAGCUCUCACGUGCCGCCAUGAUGCUACCGUUUUCAAUCUUAGCUACUUCUGCAAACUCUUCCUGACCGGCAGUCAGGCUAAGGAGGCGGCUGAAUGGAUUUUCACUGCUAAUCUGGAUAAACCGGUCAACAAAACGAUCUACACCUGCGCGCUCAACAAACGGGGCGGUGUCGAGGCUGAUGUUACCGUCAGCAUUCUAGAGUCCGGUGUUGGUGGAUUGCAUGAUCCGAUUUUCAAGGGCCGUGGAUACUACAUCGUGGCCGGAGGUGCAUCCGCUUAUCACACCAAAUGUCACAUCCUGUCGGCGAUACAGGAGAAAGCGUUCCGGGCUGUCGUCAGCGAUCACACCGAGGAGCUCGGUGUGCUCUCGAUCCAGGGUCCCAAGAGUCGUGAAAUUCUGCAAAAGAUCACCGAUUUUGAUCUGUCCAACGAUGAAGCAUUCCCACCGAACUCCACCAUGGUGCUGACGAUCAAGAUCAAUCCGCACUACAGCUGCCAGGUGCGGGUGCUGCGCGUCAGCUUCGUCGGUGAGCUCGGUUACGAGCUGCACAUUCCGGAGGAGUCCUGCAACGAUGUGUACAAUGUGGUGAUGAAGGCGGGCUAUAAGGAAGAUCUGCGCAAUGCCGGUUACCGGGCGCUGUACUCGCUCAGCAGCGAAAAGGGUUACCAUCUGUGGGGCUACGAUCUGCGCUCGGACGAUACACCGAUCGAGGCGAAUCUGGGGUUCGUGUGCCGCCGGAAGGGUGAUUACCAGGGCAAGGAGGUGGUCGAGCGGCAGUUGGCCGAUGGUGUGACGCGCCGAUUGGCAUUCUUCACGCUCCGGGAACAGGUACCGAUCUGGGGAUUGGAAGCCGUGUACCGGGAUGGAGAGAUUGUUGGCCAUCUGCGACGGGGCGAGUACGGCUACACGCUACAGAAACCGAUUGGCCAGGCGUACGUGCAGCGUACGGACGGGGCUGCCAUCACUAGUGACUUCCUGAAAUCGGGACGCUACCAGAUCGAGGUGAUGGGCAAACUGUACGACGCCGAUUGCCAUCUGAGAAGCCCGUUCGAUCCGAAGGGUCAACGAAUGCUCGGAAUAUACAAAUAAAUUAUGCGCCCUCCGCCACUUAACUGUC